GACAUCACUGGAAUGCAGCAUCUGUCCCGAGCAGGGGCCAAGCCCAAACAUAUCUCAGAUUAAUUUUAUUUUUGUAUGACAUUUAACCAGAAAUGUAUUAAUGGUUAGUUUUCAAAAGGUGAGUUAACGUAUCUGACAUAAAGUGAUGCGUGUUCUAAUAAUAUUAAGAACACAACUCCCAGAGCUGAAGAUCAAUAUUUUAGCGUUUGAAAAAUGCUAAAUCUCUGUUGUUCAGUCUCAUGAAGAUGUGCAUCGAUGUGACUCGGAGGUAAAGCAGCUUGUGACUCCAUGGAGCAGCUGGAGGAGAAGAGAUAAUGCUAUAAAGUAGAGGCACUUUCAAGGCAGAAUGUCCUCGGGUCACAGGCUGAGGGACGUGGAGCAGCAGCGCCCCCUGCUGGACGGGGAGGAGGAGGCGGAGGUGGAGAAGAGUUCCCACGGCGAAGCCAAGCGACUCUGGUUCAUCCAGGACUGCUGCGGCAUGGUGUGUGCCGUCAUCACCUGGUUCCUGGUCUUAUUCGCGGACUUUGUGGUCACGUUCGUCAUGCUGCUGCCUUCCCGGAGCUUCUGGUACGCCGUGGUCAACGGAGUGUUCUUCAACAGCCUGGCUGUGCUGGCGCUGGCCUCCCACCUCCGCACCAUGCUGACCGACCCGGGAGCCGUUCCUAAAGGAAACGCCACAAAAAAAUACUUGGAGAGUCUGCAGCUGAAGCCGGGCGAGGUCAUCUACAAAUGUCCAAAGUGCUGCAGCAUCAAACCCGAGAGGGCUCAUCACUGCAGUAUCUGUAAGCGCUGCAUCCGCAAGAUGGACCACCACUGUCCCUGGGUCAACAACUGUGUCGGGGAGAAAAACCAGCGCUUCUUCGUCCUCUUCACUAUGUACAUAGCUAUGAUCUCCAGUCACGCUCUGGCUCUCUGCGGAUACCAGUUCAUCACCUGCAUCAAAGUCCAGUGGAGAGAGUGCAGUGAUUUCUCUCCUCCGGUGACGAUGAUGCUGAUGAUCUUCCUCUGCAUGGAAGCCCUCCUCUUCUUCACCUUCACAGCUGUAAUGUUCAGCACUCAGCUCCACUCCAUCUGCAACGACGAGACGGAGAUCGAGCGUCUGAAGAACGAGAAGCCGACGUGGGAGCGUCAGACUCGCUGGGCGGGGCUGAGGUCGGUGUUUGGAGGCCCGCCGUCGCUGCUGUGGAUCAGCCCCUUCGCUGGACUCAAACUACCAGCCCUGUUCCCCAGACGCGCCUGGAAGGGCGGCGCCGAGUUCUCCGUCUGACCAGCUGCGGUUCACCCGCUGCACAGCGGAGGCCACGAACCUGCAGAGUCCAGCUGGGGUCUGCAGAGCGCUGCACUGAACCUCGAGGGCUGUUUUCUGAGCCGGAGAAAACCAGGUUCAGACUCGGCUGCAGUGCCCAGAAGCAGGAUGCUCGGUCUCCGUCUCUAAAGCUUGACAUCUUCUUACCUUUCUGGGAGAAAUUGAAAGAUCUAACCGGGUAAGACUGACGGCAGGCCGAUGCUGCUGGAUGUGUAGAUAAUCUUAAGAAGAGUUUCUUCUACAUGAAUCAGUCAGACUUUCAUGUUUUUUUUAUUUGCUCAAUAAGAUGCUGGAUCUUCUUAGAGCAGCUACUGAACACCGAAAAUGACUCUUUGACUGCUUUUCCAAACAUUUGAGGAAACUAUGAUUAUCAUUGGUUGGUUUUUUUGGGGUCUGUAGAAGUGGCACUGUGCAUCAGCAUAAAACGUAAAGCCACAAUGAAAUGAAAUAUUCUUUAAUUAUUGGAAUGAUUCUUCCUUCCUCCUUCCUGUGUUGAAUUGAAAUAAUAUCACAUAGUUAAAGGUGCCCUGUGGAGUUUUCUCAUAAACCAACAAAAGUUGUGUUUACAGGCAGAGUUUCUCACUAAAACACAUUCUGUGAAUCCUUGAGGUCCAACAAAAGUGUUAAAUUCCCUUAAAAAAGAUUAAGAACUAUCGGAAUCAGAAAAGGAUGUAUUGCCAAGUGAGUAGCACUUAUGAGGAAUUCGCCUACACAUUACCUUAUUAAACAUGAAUAUGAAAUAAACAAACAAUAAAUACAGAAACAGAUAACACAUACACAUAUGUAAAACUAUUUAACAUUAAGAAAAAAGAGUCUACUCUAAGGGCGGAAAUGUCGACCUACCGUUCAGCAUUAUGUGUCUAAUACUGGUUUAUGACCAAACACCUGCAAAACAAAUGACAUUUCCUGUUCUUCGGUUGUAAUUGGCAAGUGUUAGCAUGCUAAAACUCUAAUCCAAGACAGCGAUCACGGUAAACGUUUUACCUGCUAAACAUUAGCAUGUUAGCAUUUAGCUCAAAGCGCUGCUGUUCUUAAGUACAGACUCACAGAGCUUCUAGCAUGGAUGUAGACUCUUAGUCUUGUUUUAUUCAUUGUUAUUUUAUUUGGGAAACAUUUAUACAAAAAAUAAUUUACAUUACAGCUGCAGUGGAUAGAAAGUGAAAAAAACAAAAAACGCCAGAAUUUCAAGACCUCUUCCUGCAGCUUUCCCACUCCCCUCUCUAGCUGCAUGUGUAGAACAGCCAAUAGGAAGCCCUCUCUCUCUCUCUGAAAUGACCUGUGAUAGGCCGAUGUCUCAUGGCAUGGGCUAGAUUUCAAAAACGGAGCCAAGAGGGAAUGCAGAAGUGUAGUUUUUACAAUAUGCUGAAAGAUUAUUAUGGAGUUUUUUGCCCAACAACGCCAAAAAAUAAAUUGCCUACCGGUGCAAAAACAAGGAAAACUGUCUGCUCUGUUGACAUAUUCUCUUAAAUAACUCGUUUGUGCCCCUUAAGAACAAAUGUGCCCUUAAGAAUGGUUUUUUCCUGAGGCGUAAUAUCCUCAAAGUGCCGUUUCUUUGUGACUUUUAAUGUUUGGAAAACGUAACCGUAGCCGUUACUGUGCACAGUGAGAUUGAACCUCAUGUUUUUGUGUUUUUUGACAUUCCUGGAGAGAAGGAAAUGCGUUGUGGUGUUGUAUUUGUACAAUCUGUUUCAAACCACACUGACCAAUCAGGACUGCACAGUUUUUCUUCACCACCUCUGAACAAGGAUGAACAGCUGAUUUUAAAGUGCUUCUCUGAUUAUUUCACACUGCUUCCUCCGCCUGCUCAGGGGAGUUUCCUUUGCUAAUUAUAUUCACCAAAUUAUGUUCCACAAACUCUUCAAAUAGUAUUUUACCUCUCCACAUAAAAUCAGGGAGUAUUCAGGUCUUGGAAAAGGUCUGGAUAGUCUUCAAUAUCUAAAUACAAACCCUAAAAUGGCCUUUUAAUAAAAUCUAAAGUGUUCUGAUAUUUUUUGUUUUUAUUUCUUAAAUUGGUCUAAUAUUUAAUUUGUAAAAUACUGUUAAGUCUAAAUUUAAGCCUGAUGAGACCGACAAAAGUUAAAAGUUGUUAAAAGAAAAUUGAGAGAAUAUGUCCUUUUCAAAGAAUGUAUCUGAGUUGGAGCAUCUGUACUUUUGUUGUAUGAGAUUUCAGAGACUAUUAAAUGUUGAUCUGUUUCCAUUUUUCAAGACAUUUAGAAUAAACCGAGUACCUUUACCUCUUUAAAGAAUAUCAGCUUUUAACUGUUUUUUAUUUUGUCUAAGUUCUUUUUUUUUUUCUUCCUAACUGGCCUGAUUGUAGUUGCAUUUAUUUUGAAUAUUAAUGCUCCCCCAGAGGAUGAACCCUUAUGUUUUUGGUGACUCCAUAACUUUUCCUUUAGCACCACACUCCGGACAAACUGUACAUUUUUAGCUACUCCAUUGCUAAGACUGUGAAUCACCAUCCUAAGGACCACUAUCAGGACUUAAGAUAUUCAGUCUAUUUUUUUUUUUUUAAAUAUCUUGACAACUACGAGAUGGAUUGCUGUGAGAUUGUGAAAAUAUAUUCAUAUUCCUCAGAGGAUGAUUCCCUCUGACUCUAGGAAUCCUCUGACUUUUCCUCUCGCGCCACCAUGAGGGUUCACAUUUGUGUUUGGAGUGAAAUGUCUCAACAACUGUUGGAUGAAUUGUGAUGUUUGGUUCAGAGUGUGAUAUAUUUUUAAUGAUUAAACAGACGGCUCUUGUCUUUUUGUCUUAUGA